GUUGUAAUAAUUCAUCAUGGCCAACCUUAGUUUCAGAGACUUGAUUUGAUCUUGUAUGUUAUCUGUUUCUCAUUGGUCAAGACAUGGUCUUUUGUUUGCAGUUCCUGGAUAUGAUUAAUAUUCUGCGUUAUUCGUUCUCUUGGUUUGACCAUGUCUGAUAUCAAGCUUGUUCCUGUUUCUAGGGGUUUAAACAUGUCAUCUCUUUGCAGGUCUUGGAUGUGAUUAAUAAUUCACAUUAUUUAUACCGGAUGACAAUACUUAGGGCAAUUUCUUUACUUGCACCUGUGAUGGGUUCUGAGAUAACAUGUUCUAAGUUGCUGCCAGUGGUUAUUACGGCAGCAAAGGACAGAGUGCCCAACGUCAAAUUUAAUGUUGCAAAGGUGUUGCAGUCCCUUAUCCCUGUUGUUGACCAAUCAGUAGCAGAGAAAACGAUUCGCUCUAGUUUAGUAGAGCUAGCUGAGGACCCUGAUGUUGAUGUCCGUUUUUAUGCAAGUCAAGCCCUUCAGUCAAUUGAUGAUGUCAUGAUGUCAAGCUAGAGAUACUUAUCUGUUGGGGGUUCAAUACCAAAAAUCUGUCGUCAAAUCCUCUGGACGUCUAGGAUUAUGCCGUCACACCAGGAAACAGUUGAGGGAAGGCAGAAAGUGAAAUACAUCUGUUUGAGAUUUGGGAGUCUUAUUAAUACUAAUAUAUAUUUUAGGAUGUCAAAUAUGAAAUGCUUCCUACAGUAAGCUCAAGUAUUUACAUGUAAAUUGGCUGUUAGACUAACUAAUUAGUAUCUUUGAAUGAA